AUGCCCGAGAUCAAAAAGAUCCUCCAGGGUCUAGCCGGCCUGAAGAUCGUCGGCGCGGAUAUUGUCGAGGUCACACCAGGUAAGUGCCUGUUGCGUAUGUUGACUUCGAAUCCCAACGAGAUCACACAUAUUACCGGUGCGAACAUCGGAUGGGAGAUGCUCGCUUUAAUGGCGAAGACUCCGCUGGUUGCCUAAAGUCAACAGACUGUCGGCCAGAGGAAAUUCUCGAGCGGUAUACUAAGAAGCACGGCCAGUAGCGUUGGUCCCACGAGCUCUGUGA